AUGAACCGAUUUGAUCAUCACGCAUCCUCAUUCCGAUCAUCAUCACAAUCAUCACGCAAUAUUUUCUCCAUCUUGUUGGAUAGCAGUCCUCUGAGUAAAGAUGUCCAAUUGCACUUGUCCAAAGUAUACGGAUUGUUAACGGUAUUGAUGGGAAUCUCGGCUUUGGGUUGUUACUUUUCCAUGUUCGUCUAUCAGUUGAAUGUAACCAUGUGCGCACUCUUGACUGUUGUGUUUGCCUUGUUAUUAUAUUUGAGUCCUGCACACCCAGAGGUACCUCUGUUGGAACAACGUUAUCGGUUGGGAUUGUUGUUGACGUUAGGCUUUUUUGAAGGUGCUUCUCUUGCUCCGAUUGUGUACUAUGCUCUCUCCAUUGAUCCAAACAUCAUUUUCCUUGCCUUGUUGGCUACUACUGUGGUGUUUGUUUCCUUCUCUGCAGCUGCCUUGUACUCGGAAAGAAGAGAGUUCUUAUAUUUGGGUGGAGUGAUUUCCUCUCUAACCUUGGUGCUCUUCAUUAAUUCACUCUUUUACACGAGAUUUUCGUUUGACGUUUCUCUGUAUGGUGGAUUGAUCAUGUUUGUCUUGUAUGUGCUCUAUGAUACUCAAAUGAUUGUGGAAAAGGUGAGCAUUGUAGGAUCCAAGAAUGCAGAUGCCAUUCAUCAUGCUUUGGAAUUAUUUAUUGAUUUUGUCCAAUUGUUUGUGAGAAUUUUGAUACUCUUAUCAGAGAAGGAAAAGAAGAAGAAUAAUAAUAGAAAUAAUUAA